CGAGCAUGUCACCUGUUCCAACGUCUUGGCUCUAAUCGCCGGCAAGCCACCUCCAAUUUUCCUACACCCUCUUGUGACCGCAGAACGAUUGAGAGCCUUUCCUCGUCUGCUUCAGCAACAAAUUAUCUUAAUUCUACAAAGAUCUUUCUCACUACUCCGGGCUGUCCAGGCGAACCGAGUAAACCAGCUUCUUGCAGUCCAUUUCCACAGCGGUCCGCCAGUGAGUGGGGUAGAGAUCCAUCCUGCACAGACGCCUUAAGCCACCUAUUCGGCCAUCCUUCGUCUGCCACGCAAUCGGAUUUUAUGGUUCAAGAGCAUUUUGAACCCACGGAUCUCACCUCAAAGCUUUCCCUACACAAGGGCCUUACAGACAAGGAUUUAGAAGCUGCGGGCCUACCACUUCACUCUCACCAAUAUCAUCAACAUCUAACACUUCCUCAGAUCCAAAAACAAUUGUAUCAUCGCCAACACCAAUACAAACAAUAUUCUCCACACUCAGAACAGUCGUCAAAAGUUAAAUCAAUUGCAAGACCAAAUCUUUCCGCUCCAUACCAAGAAGCUUCGUCUGAUUAUGACCAAGAAGAUGGGGAAGAUGAUGACGAAAUAGAAGAUGUAGGGGCUGAUAGCGACGGUCUUCUUCGAAAUCUCGAUGUCAUCAGACAAAAAAGUGGAGAAGAAAGUGUCUGCGACUGUCUUAUUGGCCAAUCUGAACAGGAGCGCUUAUGCCGAAUGGGAAGUGCCUGGCACAGGCAUAUAAGAAAAAGUGGAGAGUAUGAACAAGAAAUGGACAGCGAGGAAGAUUCGAAUAUUGAUCGCCCAUUAAGGCUUGGAUCCUGUGAAACAUUUGACCACUUUUCUUAA